AAACCCUUUUAGAGCGAAACUCAAAAAAACAGGAGAGAGAGAGCCUCCACUGCCGCUUCCAUCGUCUCCUUCUCCUUCCCGGAAUUGUUUUGGGAACUUUCCUGUUCCUUGUUUUUUUUUUUGCAUUAUACAAACCCUAACCCUAAUUUCUCCGCCGCAGAGAUUCUCAAAUUUUCCCCGAUUUUUUCUCUAUCGUUUUUUUUUGUUUGGGCCAUCGGUAAUCGUUAUUAGAUACGGUGUUGAUCAAGCUCAUCGACUCACGAACAAACCCUAAUUUUUGUCCGAUGAUGGCGUCAGAUGAUGUUGCUAGUCCCAAUACCACCACCUCUUCCUCUGCUUUGUCUCCUCGCGUCAUGAGUGAUAAUCAUGGUAGCCCUACCGCCGCCGCAGGCGUAUCGCGCCGCUCGGGUCGGCAGGUCUCAUCGCCGUGGACCCAAAUCGUCCGCGGCGAAUCAGAGCCGAUCGCCGCUGCUCCUUCCUCCCCUCAAUCCAAGGCGGCGAUCGAGUCGAUUGUUUCCGCUUCCGCUUCCGCCGCACCCUCCGCUCCUCUCCCGGCGGCGGCUGCGGCAGCGGCGGAGGAUGAGAAAUCAGAGAGCUCCGCGGGAGUUCUUGGCAAUGCGGGAAAGAAACCGGCUUGGAACAGGCCGUCCAAUGGGGCUUCUGAGGUCGGGCCCGUCAUGGGGGCAGCAUCCUGGCCUGCUCUGUCUGAGACCACGAAAGCUCCUUCGAACAAGUCUUCUUCUGAUUCGUUAAAAAGCUUGUCCGAUGGAUCGCCAUCGUCAUCAUCCGUCCCUGUUUCCCAGGGAACGGGAAAUGCAUCUGUUCCGGCCCCAGGUUCAUUUGCUGAAUUGCCUUUGCACAAUCCUUCUCCUAGAGGCCACCACAGUCAAAGGAAUGGUCUCCCCUCACAAUCCCAUGGCGGUAACGAUAACCAGUCCCAACGGAACUCAUACAGGAACCAAAAUGGUAAUCAUCAUCAAAAUCAUGGGGGCAGGCGCAUUCAGGAACAUGGGAAUCAUAAUUGGAACAGAAACUUUAAUGCGAGAGAUGGACAUGCACCACAGCAGAGGGGUACUCCAGGGUUUGUUGGACAUGCACCACAGCAGAGGGGUACUCCAGGGUUUGUAAGACGUGCUCCACCCCCUGUGCAGCAGCCUAUUCCUGUCCCGUUUAUGGCAGCCCAGCCUAUUCAACCUUUUGGUAGUCCUGUGGCCUUUCCUGAAUUGGUGUCGCCUAUUUAUUAUCCACGCAUGCCUUUCAUUUCUGCACCUGUUCCGGCUCCUGUCUUCUACCAAGUUCAAGACAUUCCCUUAUAUACCAGAAUACAGAAUCAAAUACACUUCUAUUUUAGUGAAGAGAAUUUAAUUAAAGACACAUACCUGCGGAAGUUCAUGGAUGAUCAGGGUUUUGUUCAGAUACAAUUGAUUGCAGGUUUCAGAAAGGUUGUAGGACUGACUGAUAAUGUCCAGCAUAUUUUGGAGGCUCUGCAAGGUUCACCUGUUGUUGAAGUGCAGGGUGACAAAGUAAGGAGGCGCCAUAAUUGGCAGAAAUUCUUGCUUCCUGCUAGUAUGCGGACCCCCAUUGUUUCAAGUCCCCAGUCUGCAGAGAGGGUGGGUUCUCUGGCAACACAAGUCCAAACCCUUACCCUCGAGCAGAAUGCAACGGAGCACGUUGGUUCAUCCAGUCAUCCUGUUGAAUCAAGUAAAACUCUCUCAGAUGAUCCAGACGUUCAGCAACAUCUGACCAUUGGUGGCAAUCCAGCAGAAAACUGCAGUGACACAGCUGUUGUCUCUUCUCGACCUUCAAAGUCGAACUGAAGAUGUGUUUCUGCUGCUGCACACAUCUCAGCAACUCUUGGAAGAAGGAGAGAUGGCUUCCGGAGCAACAAAGCUCGUCUUGUUGGAGCUGUUGGUGUUGGUUGACAUUGGUACGUGGAUAUAUUAUUUUGUCCUGUGCAAUACAGGAAAACAAUAACAGAGGGGAACCCCCUGAAAACCCAAAAAAAAAAAAUUGAUAAAACAUAAGAAAACCCCAAAAAGACAGGAAAAAAAAAGGAAAAGAAGACAAAAAGAUCAAACUCGGCUUUAUCAUAUCCUAGCUAGAGAAACUGGACGUAUUUAUGGUUUUUUUUUGUUUUUGUUUGGUGGGAUGUUGCUGGCUUUUGUUCUUUAUUUUAUAUUUUUGAUACAUAAGGGUUGGUGGUCAUAAUCCUGUUCCUUGCCUCUUCUGAGUCUUGAGUGUCUGUCUGAGGCUGUCAUUUUGUUCCUUCAGACUCGCUCUGGGUUCUUUUAUGGCAUAGAAAGAUGUGAUCAAUGUGGAACGGUUGGUUUUGCGACAUUGUGGAUUUGAUGGAUGUUCUGCUUCCAACUCUUUUUUAAUACAAACCGUAUUAUAUA